AUGGAUGCUCGCCUUCAACAAUGUGAAAUACUGCUGCUAGAGCAAAAGACCGUCCUAAAGCAACAGGAGAAGGAACACCAAAAUGCUAUACUACAACGUAGAAAAGUAGUCAAGUGGGAAGGCACCCAAAAAGGUAUAACCCAACUUGGAGAGGCUCAAGACCCGCAAAAUGUGCUGACCCCUCGCCGCCUGCAGCAUCGUGAGGUUGCAGCGUUGCUUUUUGCUUGUCCCUUGGGGCUCACAAGGUGGGAGUUCGUUCAGCUUCUCGCCGGUGCUCAAGAACACCCUGAAGGGUGGAUUGAGAAUGUGAAACGAAGAGCAACAGCAGAUGCAAUGGUGCUCCUCUUUCGUGAAGAGCUAGAUGAGACGUUUAGGGCGACUCGAGAGCUGCUUGAAGGAAUGGGAAGUCACGUGACCUCAACAGGUGCUCACCUCAGUUUUCCGCUAUUUGCUGCUAAGCUCGGGUCACCUACAUUUCCAGAAACAUAUCCUCCUGUGGUUAUUGGGGUGUUCGUGUGCGCUGUUCGUUCUCAAGGCUUGGUAAAACGGCAAGAGUUGUUUACUGCUAUGCAGCGCACUGACAAGAAAGAAAGUAUUAACAACGCUGUCCUUGAAGUGGACACUGAUGCCAUCGAAGCUGAGCUCACUACGACUGCACUCGAAGUCCCUUUAGUGCCAUAUGCUAAGAAGGCCUGCAGGUUUUUGCAGAACACAAAGACUAUGCUUCGUGAGAGCACCUUGAAUUUGCGUUUGCUUCAGUUUCACAUGGGAAUUACUCCUGAUGGGCCUGUGCCUAUAUGGACACUGAGAGAAGUGCUGGACAACAGCGGCCUGUGCCUAUCCAAAAUGCACAUUCAUGUCCGUCACUUGCACUUUCCCACGUUCCAAACCGCAGUGGCAGCUGCGAUCCGAAGGGGGCUCAUAACCUUACAGAAAGAUUUCGCUGAGAAUAUUCACCUGAAAUGA